CAGAUCUACAGAAUUGGGCUAACGAAGUGUGCAGCCAAAUAAAAGGAACAAAGGAGCCCCCAAGGGAUGCAUUUGUUACCAUGAAUACCACGAACGCCGCUGUCCCCCAGACCUCUGAAGGCGUGUGUCUCCUGGGCCCUGGUGGCUCUCCCGCCCCUGGAAACUUGUGCUGCAGCAGCGCUCACGCUCCUUGCAGGAACGGGAGCCCUGGCAUGGUGCCGUGCGAGGUGGGAGGGAGCCUCCAAGAGUUUUCUGUGGUAACUGAGACUGAUGAUGACCAUUUCCCACCAGUUCCUACAGAAGAUGAAUACAUGGAUAAGGAUCUCAAUACCACUGAUUAUUUAUCUUUACUGAGUCGGACUGCCAGUAAAACCAUGUCAUCAUUUUCAGAACCAAUGGAGGCUGGGGAGAACGACAGCUUAAAUCAGUACUUUUCAGGGAUUGGGAGCACAGAGGACAUAUCAGUCUCUCAAGGCUCUCACCCUUCCUCCAAUAUGGAUGGGGCACACGCUGCCACAGACAAACUUCUUCAGAAAUCUUGCCAACGUGCCCACAGUUGCCUGAAGGAAACAGGCAGCAAAGACACAGAUCGUUUUGCAACAAACUGUGACUCGGAGAAGAUCUGUGUGAGGUGUGGCGCUUUGUACAGGGAAUGCCACAGAAAGUGGAGCAAACCCUGUUGUGCUGCGGCUGACAAUGCCUCCACCUCCCCAGAAACUGGAUGCUAUGCACAGUGCACCUGUGGCUUGAAUUCUUUCUCUGCUGGUCAGAGCAGUCUAGCCAGUGAUCAUGGUAUGGAAGAUGCAUCUUCAGAUAGUACCAACAUGAAGUACCAGAACACAAACAGAAGCGCUUCAGGAACAAACAGCAGCACUUCAGACCUCCCUCCAGCAUCUGGAAAUGUGACUGGAAACAGUAACUCCACCUUUAUCUCAAGUGGACAAGUAAUGAAUUUCAAGGGCGACAUCAUUGUUGUCUACCUUAGCCAAAACUCCCAGGAGGGGGCAACGGCCUCGGGGCCGAGCGAGGAGAACGUGGGCAGCCCGGUGCAGGAGGAAAACCUCAGCCGCUGCGAGACUUUCGCCGGCAACGCCCAGCACUACAAGGAGAAGUGUGCCGAGCUGCAGGGCGCCU